UUUAAACCCUAGACCUGCAACUGUUUUUGGUCGCGCAGGAAGAUGAUGCUGCUGUGGUAUGAAGAAGGCUUCAGAGUCGUCAUCCUCACCUCCAACCUCAUCAGAGCUGACUGGUAUCAGAAGACCCAAGGGAUGUGGAUGAGCCCUCUGUUUCCACGGUUAUCAGAGGGGAGCAGCUCGGGUUCAGGGGAGUCGCCCACCUUCUUUAAGCGGGACCUGCUGGAGUACCUGGCAUCGUACCGCGCUCCAGAACUGGAAGAUUGGAUCCAACGGAUCAAAGAGCAUGACCUGUCGGAGACGAGAGUUUAUUUGGUCGCCUCCACGCCAGGGAGGUACGUCGGAGCAGACAUGGAGCGCUGGGGCCACCUGAGGCUCAGGAAGAUAACAUAUGCCCUCUGAGCUGAGCCUGGGAGGAGUAACAAUUUGGGGGCUUGUCCGGGAUUAGCGCCACCUGCUGGUUCAGCACUACUCAUCCAAGAACCAAGGGAUUCUGAUCACCUCAUCCUGAGCCAAUGAUUUAAGCAACUUCGCACUACCAGAGAUGGCUUCCCUAGGUGACCUGCGGUGGGAGAUCCAGCAACAGCUUCACCAGCGCCGGCGAAAGAGAACUGCUCUACAAGCUUGUGGAGUCCGUGGAAGAUGAAUCAGCAGAAGAAAUACCAGGCGUUGAAUCGACUCAGGUGGGACUCUUCGAGUUUGUUGUUGACUAUCUCAGAAGUCCACAACUAAAGAUCCUUGAGGACCAAGGGAUGUCUCGCCUGCUUGCUCUUCGUGACCUCAUCAAUGAACUUCAGUCACCAUCAGUAGCUGAGGAGAAGGGUGCUGGACCAUCACCGGAUAGUGAAUCGGUCAUAGUAGCGCCUGUGACCAUAGAGACCGACACCAGUAAAUACUGACCCAGUUACAGGUUUGGUCAAAGUGUCUGAUUUUACAUCUCUGUUGCCACGUAGAGAGACUACAAGAUUCAUGGUGGUCAAAUAUCAGAUUUUGAUUCUGAUUUGAGUUACAGCAAUUUGUGUAAGCAGAUUGAUGAAGGUGUCAAUGAAGGGUUUAUAGAAACAGGUUAUUAGAAAAGUGUUAAAGAUAAUCAAGCCUGGUACCUUUUUUAAAGACAUGCUUGUUACCAAAGAUAGCCUUACUGUAGCUGAACUAAAAUGUUUCUUAAAAGCACACCUACGAGGAAAGAGCAGUUCUGAAUUAUUUCAGGAACUGAGCAAUGCUAAGCAAUAUGAUAAAGAAAUAAGGUUGGGCCUAACUCACAAACUGUUAGUGCUAAUGCAGCUCAGCAUGAAAAAGGUAGAAAUACAGACGAAAUGCAAACUGAAGUCCAAGCUAAUCGGACUGCAAUACAAGAACUAACAGCACAAGUGUUAUCUUUGACCAAGAGUUUGGAGAAAGCACUUUUUCCUUUUGUGAACACAGUGACUGAAAAUCCUCAUCCAACCUUACCCCUUUCCAAACUAGGUUAAAGGGAAGUGCCAACAGUGUAAAGAAUGCUAAACUAUAUUGUAUAG